AUGGCAAAGGACACAAAGUUUUACGACAUCCUUGGUGUCUCUCCAAACUGCACAGAGGCAGAGUUGAAGAAGGCAUACAAGAUCGGGGCUCUAAAGCAUCACCCUGACAAGAACGCACACAACCCCGAUGCGGAAAACAAGUUCAAGGAUCUCUCCCAUGCGUACGAAGUUCUUUCCGAUCCUCAAAAACGUUCUAUCUAUGAUCAGUAUGGCGAAGAAGGACUCGAAGGUGGCGGAGCUGCAGGUGGCAUGAACGCCGAGGACCUUUUCUCACAAUUCUUUGGUGGAGGAGGAGCUUUCGGCGGCGGCGGUGGACUUGGAGGUAUGUUCGGCGGAGGCAUGCAACAGCGUGGACCACCAAAGGCCCGGACAAUCCACCACGUACACAAGGUCUCACUCGAGGACAUCUACCGGGGCAAGGUUUCCAAGCUUGCGCUCCAAAAGUCGGUCAUCUGCUCGAAGUGCGACGGCCGUGGUGGCAAGGAGGGUGCCGUUAAGAAGUGCGCCGGCUGUGAUGGCCAUGGUAUGAAGACUAUGAUGCGCCAGAUGGGACCCAUGAUCCAGCGUUUCCAAACAGUUUGCCCGGAUUGUAAUGGCGAGGGAGAGAUCAUCCGCGAGAAGGAUAAGUGCAAGGGCUGCAACGGAAAGAAGACCGUUGUUGAGAGAAAGGUCCUCCACGUCCAUGUGGACAGAGGUGUCAAGACUGGACACAAGAUCGACUUCCGCGGCGAGGGUGACCAAACUCCAGGUGUGCAGCCGGGAGAUGUUAUUUUUGAGAUCGAGCAGAAGCCACACGCCAGAUUCCAACGCAAGGACGACGACCUUUUCUACCAAGCCGAGAUCGACCUUGUGACUGCGCUUGCCGGAGGAACUAUAUUCGUAGAGCACUUGGACGACCGGUGGUUGAGCGUCGACAUUCUUCCAGGAGAGGUUAUCUCACCAGGUACCGUCAAGUUAAUUAGAGGCCAAGGUAUGCCAUCAUAUCGUCAUCACGACUUUGGAAACAUGUACGUCCAAUUUGAUGUCAAGUUUCCCGAGAAGAACUUUACAGCCGACCCUGCUGCAUUCGAGGCUCUCAAGGCCAUUAUCCCUCCUUCGCACACCAUUGCUGCGCCGCCAGCUGAUACCAUGACGGAAACGGUUGACUUCGAAGACGUUGAUCCUGCCCAGCAAGCACGAGCCCAAGGCGCAACGGCAAUGGACGAGGACGAUGAGGAUGGACACCCAGGUGGCGAACGUGUUCAGUGCGCUUCCCAGUAA